AUGUCAAAUAGCUCUUUUGGAAGCCCAUUGAACUUCGAGUCUGACAAAGAGAACUCAUUACUAGAAUACGGAAUUACUGCUUCUGAAAGCUUUAUUUCAGACUCAUUUACAUACUCAAAUAUCUCAAAGCCUUCAAUAAGCGCCAUUUCACAAGCUCCUGCUUGUUUAAAUCCAUACAAAGUCAAAAUCCAAGAGCUUAUUACCGAAAUCAAUACGCAUAUUCAGAAAAUAGAAGAGAAACUAGAGAAAGGAAGUGAUAAUAAUCCAGAGUAUGAGCUUAUUUUAAAGGAGUUGAAUACUCAAAAAGAUUCUUUAGUUCAAAAAUGUGAAUCAAAUUCAGUUACCAAUACAUUUAUUAUGGUCGCUGAAAAUAAGCAAAAAACACUAUUAAGUGAAGCCAAAACUUUAUUAUCAGCUCAGUCUCGACCACCUCUUUCAGUCCCACCUUUGAAAUUAAAAGAUGCUCCAUUUGAAACUCAAAAAUCACAGCCACUCUCUUCAAAAACUUUACCAAGAGGCAAAUUUUCUUCAGAAGAUGAAGAAAUUGCUUCAAAAAUCAAUCAAAUUUUUAGCCUGUGCUUAAAUUCUGAAAAUUUUGAUGAGAUUGUUAAGAUUUUAUCAUUAGAUAAUUUUGGAUUUAAUUUUCCUAAAGUGAGAAAUGCAUUAUCGAACAUGUAUUUCAGCUUAAAAGACGUGCUUGAUCAAAUGUCUACAAGAGAUGUAGACCAAUUAAAAGCAGAAAUCACCAAACUAAAGAUAGAAAAUUUAGCUUUUAAAAAAGAUGCAGAAAAUACCAUAGAAAAUGCUUUGGCCCUACAAGAUUUGCACUAUGAAAUUAAAUCUAAAAGGAAAACCCAUGGAAAUGACAAAAGAAAUGAGGAAAGAAAAGAAUUGAAAGAGAAGCUAUUUGAAGAAUUUAGGAAACUGUUCAAAAAGCAAAAUGAGCUGCACAAAGCUCAAGUGAUUUUGCUCGAAAAUGAAUUGCAAAAACUCCAAAACACUAUAAAAGAGCUGGCAGAUCAGCAGGAGAAUCAAGAAUUUGCUAGUAAAUAUAUCCUUGACCAGGAUUCAAGAGGAAGAAAAAUUUUAAAACUUGAAGCAGAAAAUAGCAAGUUGACUGAAGAGCUAAAAAAGUAUAGAGACAAACAAAGGAGUUUUAAGACAAAAAUAAGGGAGCAAAAAUCGAAAAUAAAUGAGGAAGGGAUUUUUGAAGAAAAAUCACUUCCGAAUACCCUUUCGCUUGUAAGGCUUGAAAUCACAAAGCUCACAAAAACUAUCGAGAGAGCAAUACCGAGUUCUAAAGAUAUAACUUUCCUUGAGCAGAUUUUAUCUUCUCUGCAUGCAAUUAUAUUAGAACUAUUAGGCCAAAAUUCAGUUUUGAGCAAUGACUCGAUUUGCAAAAGCUAUUUAUCUUUAGAAUGCCAAACCAAAAGAUCAAUGACUCCUAAUAUUACAAAAAGAUCAUCUCCAUGCGUAUCCCAAAGAACUUUAGCCCAUGAUCUGACCCAAAGAUCAACUGAUAGUGGAAGAAAAGACCAAUUAAUAAAGCCAGAGACCAUUACAUUUUCCAAUGAAAUCAAUAUGAAAAACCUUAUUGAUGGGAGCUGCGAAAUUCCUGGAGCCCAAGCCAUGAUGGUUAAAAAAGAUGGAAGAUGAGCUAUCGUUAGCAGUCCUAAUGAUUCUCCUAACUCCCGCUCAUUUAACAGUAAAAUCAUUGGAAAAACGCUUUACGAAAUUAACUAUCCAUAAAUGAGAAAACAAUAUUGUUAAUAAAAGAAAAUUUUUUGCCCUCUAAAUAGCAUUUAUUAAAUGAAAUCUCUAGGUAAUCUGCUAUUGCUUGAUCAGUUUCAUAAAUUGAAUUAAACUUUCAAUAUUUUCCAAUUAAUAUUUUUAUAUUGAAACAUGUUUUAAUAUACAAUUUUUAGAUACAAUUAAAAUUUUCUUCCCUAGCUAGCUCACAAAGGAGAGUAGUAAGAAAACAGCUACAGAAAUGCUUGAAGAAUAUUUGAUAUCCCAGUAA